GUUAUCAGACAUGCAGUGUCUAAAACGUAACACAUCGAGAGAAAAAAAGCUUCCUACAAACACACAAAAAUGCCGGUUAAGAUGUCAAUUUUCCAAUCUCUUAUGUUUCUUUUCAACCGGUUUAUCCUCAGACGAUACCGGAGCCAUAAACCAAAGUACCAAACAUGCCCUUCGUCCCUCCUCCAGACCGACCUAUCUAGCCAUACAUUGAUCUUCCACUUAGAAGGAGCUCUCCUCAAAUCCGACUCACUCUUCCCUUACUUCAUGCUCGUAGCAUUCGAGGCAGGAGGGGUAAUGAGGUCAUUGCUCCUCUUCAUUCUCUAUCCAUUGAUAAGCUUGAUGAGCCACGAGAUGGGUGUUAAAGUGAUGGUCUUCGUGAGCUUCUUUGGAAUUAAAAAAGAUAGUUUUAGAGCCGGGAGAGCGGUUCUGCCUAAAUACUUUCUAGAAGAUGUUGGACUCGAAAUGUUCAAAGUGUUGAGGAAAGGAGGGAAGAGGAUCGGUGUUAGCGAUGACCUUCCUCAAGUUAUGGUUGAAGGGUUCUUGAAAGAUUACUUGGAGACUGAAGUUGUUGUCGGGAGAGAAAUGAAGGUAGUUGGUGGUUAUUACAUAGGGAUCAUGGAGGAUAAGAUCAAACACGAUCUCGACUUUGAUGAGUUGGUUCGUAAAGAAAGAUUAAACACUGGUCAUGUUAUUGGCAUCACGUCCUUCAACACAUCUCUUCACCGAUAUCUAUUCUCUCAGUUUUGCCAGGAGAUAUAUUUCGUGAAGAAGUCCGACAAAAGAAACUGGCAAACCCUACCAAAAGACCAAUACCCUAAACCAUUAAUUUUUCAUGAUGGUCGUCUCGCAAUCAAACCAACCCUAAUGAAUACUCUUGUCUUGUUCAUGUGGGGUCCCUUCGCAAUCGCAGCCGCAGCAGCCAGACUCUUCGUCUCUCUUUGCAUCCCUUACACCUUAUCAAUCCCAAUCCUAGGUUUCUCUGGUUGCAGACUAACCGUAGAGAUCGACGACGUUUCAUCUCAAAAGUUAAACUCAAGUCAACGCAAAGGAUGUCUCUUUGCGUGUAACCACAGAACUUUAUUGGACCCUCUCUAUAUUGGAUUCUCUUUAAAAACCAAAAACAUCACAACCGUAACGUAUAGUUUGAGCAGAGUAUCUGAGCUCCUGGCUCCGAUCAAAACCGUUAGACUGACCCGUGAUCGGGUCAGUGACGGCAAAGCCAUGAAGAAGUUGUUGUCCGAAGGAGACCUAGUGGUUUGUCCUGAAGGUACCACUUGUAGAGAGCCUCACUUGCUAAGGUUUAGUCCUUUGUUCACCGAGAUUAGUGAUGUCAUCGUUCCCGUGGCUGUGACGUCACCCGCGACCUUCUUUUACGGUACAACAGCAAGUGGCUUGAAGGCAUUUGACCCGCUUUUCUUCCUCAUGGAUCCUUAUCCGUCCUACACGGUCCAGUUUCUGGACCCUGUCUCUGGUGUCUCGUGUCAAGAUCCUGAUGGGAAGCUGAAGUUUGAAGUGGCUAAUCAUGUUCAGAGCGUGAUUGGGAAGGCGUUGGAUUUUGAAUGCACUAAUCUGACUAGAAAAGACAAAUAUUUGAUCUUGGCUGGUAAUAAUGGUGUGGUUAAGAAAAAUUAAAUUUGUUUUUUUAUAGAAUAUGAGUGUUUUUGUGUGUAAAGUAAUCAAUGUUUCAUUCAUUUUUUAUAUAUUUUCAUGUUAUAAUGUUACGUAGCGAUGUAUAUAACUCAUUUUCUUGGUAAUGAAUCUAUAUAUAA